GCGGCAACAGUUAUGGUAAUACAAAAAUUAUUAGUUGUUUUGUUUGCAUACUUUUGCUUGUGUCAAACCAAAUAUCAACCGACAUGGGAUAGUAUAGACUCUAGACCAUUACCUUCUUGGUAUGAUGAAGACAAAAUAGGAAUUUUUAUCCAUUGGGGAGUAUUUUCUGUUCCUAGUGUAAAAUCAGAGUGGUUUUGGGCAGAUUGGAAAGCCGGAGAUUCAGAGGUUGUGAAUUACUUAAAAAAUUAUUAUUCUCCAAACUGGAAGUACCAAAACUUUGCAAAGGACUUUACAGCUGAAUUUUACGAUCCCAAUGAGUGGGCAGAAAUUUUCGCUAAUUCUGGAGCAAAAUACAUUGUCUUAACCAGUAAACAUCAUGAAGGGUACUGUCUAUGGCCAUCGAAAUACUCAUAUAGUUGGAAUGCUCAAGAUGUUGGACCAGGAAGGGAUAUUCUUGGUGAACUGGCAACAGCAGUAAGGGCUAAGAAUCUCAAGUUCGGGUUAUACCACUCCUAUUAUGAAUGGUUUAAUCAACUAUAUCUAGCUGACAAAGCCAAUGGAUAUAAAACACAAGAUUUCGUAGACCGUAAGACAGACCCCGAAUUAAGAGAACUUGUGAACACAUAUAAACCUUCCGUUAUAUGGUCUGACGGUGACUGGGACGCUCCAGACACUUACUGGAGAUCGAAAGAAUUCUUAGCAUGGCUGUACAACGAAAGUCCAGUCAAAGAUGAAGUAGUAGUAAACGAUAGAUGGGGAUCUGGAAUUCCCUGUACUCAUGGAGGAUUUUUCUCAUGUCAAGAUAGAUACAAUCCAGGUACUCUUCAACAACACAAGUGGGAAAAUGCUAUGACAAUUGAUCACAAAUCUUGGGGAUUUAGAAGAAAUGCGAAACUGUCUGAUUACAUGACCAUAGAAGAACUUCUGUACCAAUUGGUUUCUACAGUCAGUUGUGGAGGUAACCUCCUUAUGAACGUCGGACCUACAAAAGAUGGUAUAAUUGCUCCUAUUUUCCAACAGCGUCUUAAAGAUCUGGGUACUUGGUUGUCAAUCAACGGUGACUCUAUCUAUAGUACAAGGCCAUGGACAUCACAAAAUGAUUCAUUGACAAAUGGGGUUUGGUAUACCAGCAAAGGUUCUGAUGUAUAUGCCAUUAGUCUGCAAUGGCCUAAAGAUAAUACAUUGAAUUUGGGAUCGGCCAUUGAUCUUUUCAAAAAUGCAAAUACUUCGGUAUAUUUGCUUGGCCAUGAAAAUGGUGAAGCAUUAAAGUGGACUUUAGGUGAAUCCUCAGUUACCAUUAAUUUCCCGGAUAAAUCACAAGUAGGCAGUGAAUGGGCAUACGUGUUAAAGAUUGUUCCCGGAGCUAGUGUAGUAUACGGACAGAAUAAAAUUUAGAAAAUAAUAAGAUUGUUUUAAGACUAAUAAUUGUAAUAUUUUGAAAUAAAAUGAUUUUUAAGAAU